GAGGCGCACCCGACUGCAAGGGUACGCGUAUGAGUGAGGAGGAGGACCAUUGGGACCUUUCUUUGCAGAUCGAAGCCGACCCGCCUUCGCCCUCCGACUCCCUUGCCUCUUUCACCUUGGUCGGUGCCCCCUUGGAGCAGCCAGCUCCGGCCACAGGUGAGGUAAGGCAGGUGCAUCUAGGUGCCAGGUCCCCACCCUCUGCCUUUGCAGCGCGUCAGGCUCCGAGCUUUCAGGUGUGGAACGAGCCUCCCGGGCUUGGCUUGCUGGCGCCUGGUUGGCCACAACCUUCAGGAUUCUGUGACCCACGGCUUCCCUUCAGUGAGAUGGACUUCGACAGCCUCGUGGCAGCUGAGUCGGGGUCAGUGGAAAUAGUGGAGUUUUCUUGGCCGGUGCUGUCACCUGACCAGGCCUCUUACCAAUGCCUCGCUUACUGUAUUAUGAAGCGUCCUUCUGGCUUCUUGCUUUGUGUACCGGAGGGCUUCCUCCCGCAGGAGGAGCUGGACAGAGGCCAAGCAGCGACCGAGGUGGAUGGGAUCGGGCCUUCCUUUGUGGCCUCAGCUCCCGCAGUGGUGGUGUCCCCGACCGGGGAGUGGAGCACUCCUGCCGAGGCCGAGCUAGUGCCGGCCAUUGUGGUGGACCUGUCGGCCCAGGUGGCGUCGCAGCUUGCUCCGGCCGACUUUGCUGCACCCUCCCUCUACACUUUCAAAGACGACAACCCCGCAGUGUUCCCCAGGGCCACGGACAUUAUUCGCCAAGCCAGGGACUGGAUUGCUACAGUGGACGCCGAUCUCGAGGAGGAAGCGCAGCGCUGCAUUGGCAUAGGCGAAGCUGUGGUGGCUUUGGUGUCUCAGCUUUCCGGCUCCUCGGCAGAGCUGAGUCAGCGAACCGGGUCCUUUGCCCUAAAGGUUCGCCAGAAUCUCGAGAGAAAGAUGGAUCCCACAGGGAUGCUCCCCGCGGACCAGGAUGGUGCCCGGGACGUGCUCAGCCUCAUGCUUGUCAUGCUAGACCAGGUGGCCCAGGAUUCCGGGGACUACUCGCGCACCAAGACCUCGGGCCCGAACCGACGGGUGCGAGAGCUACCGGUCGCUAUCUCCGAGUACGCCUUUUUCGUCAAGAGCCGAUGGCGCGCUGGAGCUGGCUAUGCAGACGCUAUGGUGGCAACGGCUGGGCUCCUAGCUACACUGCUGGGGCUACCCCUGGAGGUGCAAGGCUACUGGACGGAGCACAGCGAGAGAUCGGUGCUGCCCACAGCCCUCUCGCUACAGGACAUACCCCCGCACGAUAAGGACCUGCUAGGGCGCUGGAAGCCGGAGGGCUCGGAUAUCUACGCUAGGUUCUGGGGUCGGGUGGCCCGACUCCAAGCCCUAUUCGCAGAAACCGCUAGAGGGGCCGACCGCUACCAAAAGCUCGACGAGAGGGAGAUAGCCGCUGACUUGGUGCCGUGGCUAAUGGAGCGGCCCGGGCUAUCUCGCGAGCAGGCCGAACUCACGGCAGAGGGCCUGCGCCGCAGCUGGAGGGAAGGGGGCCUGGGUGCCCCCGACCCCAUUCCCGCUACUCUGGCGUCAGAGGAGCCACCGCUAGGCGGUGCCCGCUACGAGUCAGGACCCAGUGCUAGGUUCGUCUGCAGUGCUAGGGCACGCAUGCCAGACAUGUACAACAACGCUACAAUGGGCCUGGGGUUGCCUUCGGGGCGGGGGGCCGGAGGAGGAGGCAGUGCUAGCGGGCCCUCGGACGAUGCCGAUGGCCCCGCUAAGGCAGUCCAGAUUCUGGAAACGCUAAGGGCCAUGAGGCAGCUAGUGACGUUCUGUCCGGACGAGCUGCCCGAAGCCUUCGCUAACCACUUCUCCAGAGGCCAAAUCCUGGAGAUGGAGGCGAGGCUAGAAGACGCUAAGCUGGCCAUGGAUGCAGACCAGCCCCCCGCUAAGCCAGCACGCGACGCUGGUGCACAACGCUUCUGGCUAGCUGGAGGCCGCGCCGCUAGCCCUCAGAGGGAUAUGGAGUACCGAGCGCUAAGGGCCACUGCCUGGUCGGACUUCACCCAGGAGGAGGUCGACGCUAUGAGCUCGGUCACGAAGCAGUCGCUAACCAGGCGCCUGGCCCGCCAAGAGCAGGACGCCGCUAAGGCCAAGGCGAGGGCUGAGGCUGAGGCCAUCGCUAAAGAGCAGGCUCGGAAGAAGAAAACCGAGCACGACGCUAAGGUGGCACAGGCCGCUAUGGACUCCGUGAAGAAGGAGGCUGCUAGAAAGCGGGAGGAGGCCCUGCGCGCUAUCCUCGAGCAGGAGAAGCUAGAACUCGAGAAGUAUGAGCAGGACCUCGAGGCCGCUAGGAGAGCCUCCCUUGGAGAGGAGGUUGACGCAAGCGACCCAGCAGCCGCUAGCAGCUCAGCUACGCCGCCGGCAAGCACCGCUACAGGGACCUCGCGGAGCACGUUCCCACCGCUACGGCCGGAGGCUAAGUCCCAGGUGAGGGGCAGGACCUCCGACGCUACGGACACCGCUGGAGGCCGCAGGCGCAGCAAAAGCGCCGCUAACAAGUCGGGUGUGGGUCCCGAGCCCUCGCUAAGUUGGGGUGACAUCUUCGGGAACAACACCUACCUCAGGCCGCUAAGGGCUGCCUGCCAGGACGACGCUAUGGGCCCCGCUAAGACCGCUAGCGACUGCAAAGGCACUACCCUGACCGUCGAGCUAUUCGGGGGGGCCCGCCCACCGCUACAGUCCCGCUGCAACGCGUUCCCGCAAGGCAAGGGAAGCUACAAGCUGGACUUGUCCUGGCACGCUAUUGACCGGGACCUGUGGACGCUAGGCUCCUGGAACAAGUCGCUAGGCCAAGGGCCGCGAGAUCGACCGCCGCGCUAUUUGGAUGAUCUCCAAGUGCGGCGAGAUCGCACAGCUAACUGA